GAUUUUUCUCGCAUCGUCUGCUUUAACUCUCUCUCUUCUUCUACAAUCUGAUUCCAACUUUGAUUUCUUCUUUGUGAUCCGCUAGAGAAAUCCCAUACAUCUUGUCAUUAGUUUCGAUAAACUCUCGAUGGGGUGAUUAAAAAGUUUGAUUCUUUGUCAUCUUGUGUACAUAAAGUUUGAUUCUUGCGUUUCGAUCUCCGAACUCCGAAUCCUGUUAGGUUCUUUGCUAGUUCGUGGAAUCAAUUUCUGGGUUUAGGGUUUAGUGAUGAAGAUCGGCGAUUCGCCAUCGGAAUCAUCUGAUGCUUGCUUGCUACUUUCGCUUCCAGAGGAUUCAUUUGCUGUCAUCUCUCGUUUUCUUUCUCCGAGCGACAUUUGUAACCUAAGCUUAUGCUGCAAAAGCCUCUCUGACCUUGUGGAUUCAGAGAAGAUCUGGUUUGUGCAGUGUGAAGUAGUAAAGGCUCUUCCUUUAUCCGAAAUUUUCCAAUGGAGAACCGGGAUCUCUUCUUACAAGUCCCUUUGUCGGUUUCUCGUAGAGGUGGUGAAUCCUCUUGUCGGGAUUUGGGUUCAUCAAAACCCUGAGCUUGGGAACGUUGUUUACGUGAUGCCUGGUUUCUUGUCUGUUGUUGGUUGCCGGAUAAUCCCACAAGAAGUUGGUCCUUUGGGGAUUCAAGAAGGUCGUGUUAUGUGGUCACCGGUUUUCGAGAUAAUCUCCGGUCUUGAUGGUGGCUCCACGGCGUUUUUCCUCCAUGGAAUAGACAGAGAAAGCAGCUGCUUGUACCCUGGUUUUGUAACUAGCAUUGAUAAAUGUUGCAAUGUGCUUCUUCUCGAGGUUGAGCCUAGGCGAGAUAAGAGGCUGUGCGGUGAGGUUGAGAAUGGUGAGGUUCGGUUUCCGUUUUGUAAGCUUCCUUUUGCCGAAAGAAGAAAGUUGCUAUAUAUGGUGACUGGCCGUGUAGGUUUAAAUGUGCCUGAGGUAUCAAGUGGGAUGAUAUUUCCACAUAAAGCCAUGUCCUUGGAACGAAGAGCCAUGCUCCUUAAGAUGCACAAGUUUGGUGGUAACUGGAAUCACAUGAGCCUUGAGGAUGAGUUGUGUUAUGAUCCGAUUCAGGUGGAUAUAAACGAGCUGUGGACGAAUCUUGGCUAUGGCGAAAUGGACGAUGAGAAUGAGAUACAGGACACACAGAGGAAGAGCUUGAGCAAGUAUUUCAGAAGUAGCAUCAAGCGUAUUUUAAGGAGGUCUAGUUCAAGUUCUUCAAAGCAGCACACUUGUUCUUCUUCUUCUUCUUCUUCUAGCAGUGAGAUUAGACGUUCCAAUCUCCAAACGUUUCUAAGCUCUGGUGAUUCGGUAGGUCUUAGUGUCAAAGCUACACAAACUAAGCUUUCUUCUUACAGAGGCUGGCCAAACAUGCAUGAAACCCGUUUUGCGCUUUAUAAGCUACCGAGUAAGGAUCCAGUGGAGAGCCAAGAGUAUGCUGGUUUGUGGGGAGGAACUUUUGGCUGGCCACCAGGGAAAUUCACUGAAGAUAAACCAGGUAAGGCUCUUUUCUUGCUGAUGCUCACUUAUGAAGAAGAAUCUCGAGAUGAUAGUGAGAGACUUCUUAUUGGGACGAAGAUACUCGAAGGCACUCACUAUGUGAUGCAUCCUAAUGGUUCUGCGAUGUUUGUUGUCAAGAUUGGUUCGCCUUCCUCUGAGAUCUUUCCUUUUGAUGAUACAAAUGGAGAAGAGUUUGAGCAUUGUUACACAGGAGAAGGUAUUGCAAAAGGUUAUGGUUUUCGUUAUCCUGGUUACAAACCGGGUUCACUUUUCGUUACAUCUAAAGGUCUUCUCGUGUUUGUUUGGAAAGAAACCAAAGUUGUGUUGACGUUGCAAAGACUUGACCUUGAAGAGUUAUUGAAGAAAGGUGUGUGUGUAUCGCCUUUGCCUCCAUGUCUGAAUUUUACUUAUUUGACGAAAUCUCACACCAAUGUGUUUGCCUCGGGGAGAAGAACAUCAUAGAAGAAAGACUUCUGCAACUGCAGAUUUGAAGCUCACAAGUCUUGUCUUGUUUCCAAUAUACAAUCUUAUUAUUGAAUGACAAAACCACAAGAUAAUGAUUUAUAGAUAGCUUAAGAUCAUUGAGCUUUUACAUUCAAUAUGCUUGUAAAUCUAUUAUAUUAAAACAGAAUCACAUUUAAUACUU